AUGUCGUCUUCUAUUGAUCUGGUUCUUAUUAAGGAUACAUUGGUCCAAUUGGCCCAUGAAGCUGGUGAACUCAUCAGAUCUAAAAGUGGAAAUGUUACGUUUGAUGAUAAAAAGAAUGCUGUGGACCUGGUGACAGAAGUUGACAAGGCAGUCGAGGACCUUGUUUCUACUAAAUUAAGAGCUAGAUUCCCUUCAUACCAGUUUAUGGGCGAAGAAACAUAUGUUCCAGGAAAAACUGUGCUUACUGACGAGCCAACUUUUAUUGUGGACCCAAUUGAUGGCACCACCAACUUUAUUCAUUACUUUCCUUAUUCAUGCAUUUCUCUAGGGUUUGCAAUAGACAAGAAACCCGUCGUAGGAGUUGUUUACAAUCCAUUUUUAAACUUGCUAUACACAGGUGUCAAAGGUUCGGGGUCUUAUCUUAAUGAUGAGAAAUUGCCUCUUAGGAAUUCCUCGGCCAAGCCAUUAAGCUUACAAGGAGCACUUGUUGCAAUUGAGUGGGGUUCUGAGAGAACUGGCAAAAAUUUCGAAAUCAAAACUCAAACAUUUUCCUCUUUAGCGAAAGACAAGUCCGAAGGCGGUGCUUUUGCCCAUGGCUUCCGAAGUUUGGGUUCGGCAGCUAUGAACAUUUGCUCAGUUGCAGCGGGAAACUUGGACUGCUAUUGGGAGGGUGGAUGUUACGCUUGGGAUGUUUGUGCUGGCUGGAUCAUUCUCGAGGAAGCUGGUGGUAGAAUGUUUGGAGGCAAUUCCAACCAAUGGGAGACUGAAGUUGAUUCAAGAGUGUAUUUAGCAGUCCGAGGUGGACAUGGCCAGGAAGAAUUUGUGAAAGAUUUUUGGAGUCAUAUACCUGGUGAGUUGUCCUAUUAA